GGUGUGCGUGCGUGCGUGCGUGUUUGCGUGUGGUCACAGUUCCCGCCAUCAGCCGCUCUCCCUGACUUGGGGGAGCGAGCGGCCCCUCACUUUCGUGCCCGGUGUCCCUUCCUUCCUAACCCCCAGCUCCUCCCCCUCCGUGCGGACUCCGUGCUUCCGGCAGGCCUGUCCGAGGCCCCGGACUCUCAGGCACAGCUGAGUUGAUGGCUCCUGGAGAACUGGCAUAGCUGCAGAAUAUGAGUAGUUCCCCAAGAAGAGCGAAUUGCCUUUGGCACAAGGAUCAGAAUAAAGGUGAAUUGUUAUUACAUAGGGUUUUUCAGUAAAAGUCACUGAAAAACAGUGUCCUAGUGGGGAUGCAAAGACUAAAGAACAUAUUCCCUGUCUUCAAACAGCAAAGUCUAGCUAGAGAGAGACAAAGAGUUAUUCUUAGCUGUUUGAUGUACAGCACCUAGAGGCCUGGAACUAGGAUUCCCCAGGCUGUAUUCUACCUACAGAAUCUGUCAGGUGAAGGUAUAUUUUUUUCUUUUUAAUUUGGCUAGAAGCAAUUUAUUUUUAAAGAAAGUAUGUCUCCUCUGAAGAUACAUGGUCCUAUCAGAAUUCGAAGUAUGCAGACUGGGAUUACAAAAUGGAAAGAAGGAUCCUUUGAAGUUGUGGAAAAAGAGAAUAAAGUCAGCCUAGUAGUUCACUACAAUACUGGAGGAAUUCCAAGGAUAUUUCAGCUAAGUCAUAACAUUAAAAAUGUGGUGCUUCGACCCAGUGGAGCAAAACAAAGCCGCCUAAUGUUAACUCUACAAGAUAACAGCUUCUUGUCUAUUGAUAAAGUACCAAGUAAGGAUGCAGAGGAAAUGAGGUUGUUUCUAGAUGCAGUUCAUCAAAACAGACUUAAUGCAGCCAUGAAACCUUCUCAGGGUUCUGGUAGUUUUGGAGCUAUUCUGGGCAGCAGGACCUCACAGAAGGAAACCAACAGGCAGCUCUCUUACUCAGACAAUCAGGUCUCUUCAAAAAGAGGAAGUUUGGAAACUAAAGAUGAUAUUCCAUUUCGAAAAGUUCUUGGUAAUCCAGGUAGAGGAUCGAUUAAGGCUGCAGCAGGAAGUGGAGUAACUGCUACCCGGACAGUUCCCUCUUUGACAUCUACAUCCACACCUCUUAGAUCAGGGUUAUUAGAAAAUAGGACUGAAAAGAGGAAAAGAAUGCUAUCAUCUGGCUCAGAGCUGAAUGAAGAUUACCCUAAAGAAAAUGAUUCAUCAUCGAACAACAAGGCUAUGACAGAUCCUUCAAGAAAGUAUUUAACCAGCAGUAGAGAGAAGCAGCUGAGUUUGAAACAGUCAGAAGAGAAUAGGACAUCAGGGCUUUUACCUUUGCAGUCAUCAUCUUUUUAUGGUAGCAGAGCUGCAUCCAAGGACUACUCUCCUGGCAGCACUAACCUUGACAGGACUAAUAUUUCAAGCCAAACUCCCUCUGCCAAAAGAAGUUUGGGAUUUCUUCCUCAGCCAGCUCCUCUUUCUGUUAAAAAACUGAGGUGUAACCAGGAUUACACUGGCUGGAACAAACCAAGAGUGCCCCUUUCCUCUCACCAACAGCAGCAACUACAGGGCUUCUCCAAUUUGGGAAAUACCUGCUAUAUGAAUGCUAUUUUACAGUCUCUGUUUUCACUCCAAUCAUUUGCAAAUGACUUGCUCAAGCAAGGUAUCCCAUGGAAGAAAAUUCCACUCAAUGCACUUAUCAGGCGCUUUGCACACUUGCUUGUUAAAAAAGAUAUCUGUAAUUCAGAGACGAAAAAAGAUUUACUCAAGAAGGUUAAAAAUGCCAUUUCAGCUACAGCAGAGAGAUUCUCUGGUUAUAUGCAGAAUGAUGCUCAUGAAUUUUUAAGUCAGUGCUUAGACCAGCUGAAAGAGGAUAUGGAAAAAUUAAAUAAAACUUGGAAGACUGAACCUGUUCCUGGAGAAGAAAAUUCACCAGAUAUUUCAGCUACUAGAGUAUACACUUGCCCUGUUAUUACUAAUUUGGAGUUUGAAGUUCAGCACUCCAUCAUCUGUAAAGCAUGUGGAGAGAUUAUUCCCAAAAGAGAACAGUUUAAUGACCUCUCCAUUGACCUUCCUCGAAGGAAAAAGCCACUCCCUCCUCGUUCAAUUCAAGAUUCCCUUGAUCUUUUCUUUAGGGCAGAAGAACUUGAGUAUUCCUGUGAGAAGUGUGGUGGGAAAUGUGCUCUUGUCAGACACAAAUUUAACAGGUUACCCAGGAUCCUCAUUCUUCAUUUGAAGCGAUAUAGCUUCAAUGUUGCUCUCUCACUUAACAACAAGAUUGGGCAGCAAGUCAUCAUUCCAAGAUACCUGACCCUCUCAUCUCAUUGCACUGAAAAUACAAAACCACCCUUCAACCUUGGUUGGAGUGCACAAAUGGCAAUUUCUAGACCAUUGAAAGCCUCUCAAAUGGUGAAUUCCUGCAUCACCAGCCCUUCUACACCUUCAAAGAAUUUCACCUUCAAAUCCAAGAACUCCUUGACUUUAUGCCUUGAUUCAGACAGUGAAGAUGAGCUUAAACGCUCUGUGGCCCUUAGCCAGAGACUUUGUGAAAUGUCAGGCAGUGAACAGCAGCAGGAAGACCUGGAAAAGGAUUCAAAAUCUUGCAGACUAGAACCUGAUAAGUCUGAAUUGGAAAACUCAGGAUUUGACGGAAUGAGUGAAGAAGAGCUUCUAGCAGCUGUUUUAGAGAUAAGUAAAAGAGAAGCUUCACCAUCUCUCAGUCAUGAAGAUGAUGAUAAACCAACUAGCAGCCCUGAUACCGGAUUUGCAGAAGAUGAUAUUCAAGAAAUGCCUGAAAAUCCAGACCCUGUGGAAACUGAGAAGCCAAAAACAGUCACAGAGCCCGAUCCUGCCGGUUUUACCGAGAUAACUAAAGACUGUGAUGAGAAUAAAGAAAACAAAACUCCAGAAGGAUCUCAAGGAGAGGUUGAUUGGCUCCAGCAGUAUGAUAUGGAGCGUGAGAGGGAGGAACAAGAGCUUCAGCAGGCAUUGGCUCAGAGCCUUCAAGAGCAAGAAGCUUGGGAACAGAAAGAAGAUGAUGACCUCAAAAGAGCUACAGAGUUAAGUCUUCAAGAGUUUAACAACUCUUUUCUGGAUUCAUUGGGCUCUGAUGAGGACUCUGGAAAUGAGGAUGUUUUAGAUAUGGAGUAUACAGAAGCUGAAGCUGAGGAACUGAAAAGAAAUGCUGAGACAGGAAAUCUUCCUCAUUCCUAUCGGCUCAUCAGUGUUGUCAGUCACAUUGGUAGCACUUCUUCUUCAGGGAGAUCUUUGAUGAGCUGCUGGAAACAGAAAAGACCUCUCAGGCACUUAGCAUGGAAGUGGGAAAGACCACUCGUCAGGCUUCAUGAGGAACAAACUCCUGGGUUGGCAGUGUGCACUGCAUAUUUUCUCUUACUGCCACCCACUUCUCUUUCCUCUGCCCGAGGAGAAUUUAGAACUCUACUUGAUGCGGGAGCAACAAACAGCUCAGGGCCAAACCAAAAGACGAAAACUGCAAUUAUGCGGAACGCUCCAUAUUAAUUGUUUUAUGGAAACUUUGGUCUCACAUCUGUAGCUGACUAUCCUUUUUUUCUCCUACAAGAGUGGCACUUCCUUUUGUCUUAGGAAUACAUGUUGUAAAUAUAUAUAUAUGUACAUACACACACACACAUACACACACAUAUAUGUGGAAUGAAUGGAGCCUUAAAGAGUUAGGAUAGCCCACCAGCGUAUGCCUGCUCAAAAUUAAUAGCACAGCAGUUUGGAGACGAAAUGAAGUUGUCAAAGAGUCCAUUCACCUGAGAAAUGUGUGAAGAUAUACAUAUCACUUGGCAUUUAGCUUUUAUGUUCCUUGAGUAGUUUCAGUCAAGUCUGUAAUCUUUCAUGUGUGUUUCCUGUUAGUAAAGUUCACUGGAAAGCCAGCUCUCCAUGUUACACUAAUGACAGUUUGUCCUCCUGACAAAGGAGGGACAUUUCUGCCACCUGACUUGAGGAGCUUUUUUUAAAAAAAUUAUUUCAUGGAUUUGUAGUGCUUUUGCUGUUUACGUGCAGUCCCAAGAAAUGGAUUGUUGGUGCUUUGGAAUGUGUUAUGUUCCCACGUUUGGUAUUCAUUGUACACUUUGUAUUUUCUUUAAAGAGAUUCCUUCACACAGUAUUUUCAUUGUAUAUCAUCUAUAUUAUUACCAUGGUGAAGAUAGAAUCUUUUAUUUUUCUUCUGUGUCAUUCUUCCAUGGAGCAAGCAUUACCCUAACAGACUGCAGCCAAAACUUUAAGAGGUAGGAAAGUGAUGUCCCAAUUGGGACUCCCCUACAAGAUUACCUAGAGAAUAUGAAGAAUGCUAGCAUCUCUGUCUCCCAUACAUAGAGAGGUCAGAAGGAGUAUUCUUGUGUUAAAGAUGAAACUCUGGACCACUAAAGCUGGAAGCCCUGCUUCAAGGGUGAAAUUAAGCACAUGAGCUAUAGGAUAAAGCUUAAACAUAUAACCAUUUGCUGUCUGGCUUUGCCCUUAAAAAAGGAUGAGAAUUAAAAUAUGAUUGGUUUAGGUAAUUCCAAGAACUAACAAAUAACAAAGGUGCAUAAUUAUCUUACUUUUUAGGUGCUUUGGGUUGAGGAUAAAUGGGGUUCAACAUUAAGUGCUAUGUUAGUCACUCAGCUGACAUAACCAGCUUGGUUAAGCAGCUUGUGAAACCAUAUAAAGAAUGAGUUUGAGAGUAGAAUUUUGUUCCUAAAAUAAUUUUGUGAGCCCAGGAAUCAUUAGGAUCACACAGAGUUAAGUAUAGCAAAAUGAAACCUUCAACGUUUUCUUUCAUUUUUAAGUCCAACAUAACAGAAGAUGUAACAUCUUUUCUGGAAGAUUGACUUAAGAGAGCUCCAGCCCUACUCCUGAAACUUGGAUGUGUUCUGACAUAGUAACCUAUUCUAAAAUAUUGAAUCUUUGAAUUGUAAAUGGCCCCAGCACUUUUGCUUAACUACUGAUAAAAGCCUUGUCUCCUACCAUUUACCUACCUGUUAAUGUAGUGAACGUUCCAAAGUGGUACGGUGGUAGGAUAUGCAGGAGUAGUAUAGAGCAGAGGAAAGUACUUGUUUAAAAAACUAGCUUUUAAAAUUUUGUUUAUUUCCACUGGGGAGCCUUUUUUUUUUUUCUUGAAAAUAACUGGUUUUCUCAUACGUGAGUGAAGUGAUAAUCAGAUUCUUUAGCUGUUUAUUACUUCUCUGUGUCUGCAUAUGAGAGCUUUUGAGAGAUGCUGUUAAAAAUGAUUGGGAAUGAUUUGACAUGAGUGGGUGCAUUUAGGGCAUUUAAACAAAUAGAUAUAAUGCCAUAAGCCUAGGUUGCCCAUGAAGUACCCUCGUUUGACUUGCUUUUCAUAGCUUUUGUGUGUGUAUGGUUUAGAAGUACACUUGGCUUGAACCUAAUUUGAUUUGCUCUUCAUGUCUAAGGCAGGAAUUAUUAGUUGAAAAAAGUAGAUGAGUUAUGUCACUGCUCAUAUACUUGCAAGUUUGGGACUUGAAAUUUCCUUGAUGUCUGUCCAUUGUUUUGGCCUGGUCAGCCUUCCUCUCUCCCUUCACUCCUUCAACUAUUACCCUUUUCACUACAGAGUUACUUUCUCAUUUUGGUUCAGUGAAGGAUUAAUGACUACACAUGGAGAGUUCAGCUGGACCAUGUUGAUGGAGUUUGUUGUUUUUUUGAGCUGACUGUAUGUAUUUAAAAAUUACAAGUAGAUAAUAUUUUUUGUGCAGUUUGCUCAGAAUCGGGGAAUGGGGCAUUUGGCAUGUUGGUGCCCAAAAGGGACAAGUUAGGGACAGAGAGCUUCAGUUCCAGGCAGCUUGCACAAUGACU